AUGCCACUGAUUGUUUAUCACGAUCGAUUGCAACGAAUUAUCACUGAUCUGCAACAUAAUCCGGUUUGUUUGCCAUUCUCUUGCUUUUCUUAUCAGCGCACUGUUGCUGAUGUUGACGUUGUCGUGUGCUGCUGGUGCUGUCGAAAUUUCCCUGAUUUCAAGCCUCAACAACAAACUGAAACAAUGAACAGUCCAGCUGCGUCGGGUGCCCCUGUUAGCACGGCAGAGUCGUCGAGUGGAACUGGGAUAGCUGAAGCUUCAGGCAGCAGAAGUCCGUCUGACGGAGAUUCACCGCUAUCAUGUACAGAUGCAAAUCGAGAUGCUGGCGUGCCGCCUGGUAUAGAAAAUGCUCCAGUUUCAUCGCAUGGCACGGAAUUUGCAGGCGAAUCUGAGGAAUAUGCUGCUGCAAUUGGUGGAAGUGACAGUGUAACGCCGCAUGAUCCGUUGUUGUUAGCCGGUGAACGUACAGCACGCGAAAUUGUUGAUAAUGCCAUUAGCGGUAUAUUCAAUCGGAGAGCAGUAACUGGCAGUAGUGCGUUAUAA